AUGGCUGACUCCGAUGGCGAGUUCGUCGCCGACAUGUCCGACGACGACAUCAUGGAUCAUACCGUGACGGACGGCGACCCGAGCGCGGCCCGCACCAAGGGCUCGAAAGUGUCCAAGAAGAAGCGCGACCGCAACGCAUCCAAAGCAUGGGAGCAGUCCAGGCGAACGUGGGAGACGGACCUCCCCGAGGAAGACGAUGGCAUGCUCAACCUGGCGGGCUACGAGGCCGAGCGACGCCGGCGGCUGCUGCGCGACACGACGCCUCUGCAGCGGGGCAUCAUACGGCAUCUGGUGCUGGUGCUGGACAUGUCGUUUGCCAUGGCGGAAAAGGACCUGCUGCCGACGCGGUAUCGGCUGACGCUGAGCUACGGGGCGGCGUUUGUGCGGGAGUACUUUGAGCAGAACCCGAUUUCGCAGCUGGCAAUUGUGGGCAUGAGGGAUGGCGUGGCGGUUCGGGUCAGUGAUAUGGGAGGGAAUCCCGCGGAACAUCUGGAGCGGCUGCGGGAAUUGGAAGGGCAGGAUCCUCAGGGGAAUCCGAGCUUGCAGAAUGCGUUGGAGAUGUGUCGAGGAGCGUUGUUCCAUGCUCCUUCCCACGGCACGCGAGAGGUCCUCAUCAUCUACGGCGCCCUGCUCUCGAGCGAUCCCGGUGACAUUCACGACACAAUCAGCAACCUCAUUGCCGAUCGAAUACGGGUAUCUGUGGUUGGAUUGUCCGCCCAGGUCGCCAUCUGCGCGGAACUCUGCUCUAGAACAAAUGUGGGGGACGACUCACAGUACAAUGUCGCCAUGGACGAAACACAUUUCAAGGAUCUCUUCCUGGCGAUAACAACGCCGCCCGUGAAUCGGACCAAGGAACAGAGCACAUCUAGCCUGUUGAUGAUGGGCUUCCCCUCACGGACGCUUGCCCCCGGCGGGACUACGAGCUACUGCGCUUGUCACAGUAAACCUUGCCGAGAGGGAUAUCUCUGCACCCGGUGCGGCGUCAAGGUGUGCAGGUUGCCUUCGGAGUGCCCCGCUUGUGGCCUGACGCUCAUUCUAUCAACGCAUCUUGCUCGUUCUUAUCACCACCUUUUCCCCUUGCGGAACUGGGUCGAAGUCCCUUGGGCCGAAGCCCCGCGGUCGACAGCUUGCUUCUCCUGCCAGUGUCCUUUCCCCGAACCCCCAAAGCCAAACAAGGAAAAGGGCAAAGACGAAGCGCCGGCAAAAGCGCCGGCAAAGGGUGUCAGCGAAAGCGGGAGGUACAAGUGUCAAGUGUGCGGCAAUCAUUUCUGCAUUGACUGCGACGUCUUUGCUCACAUGGUGAUACAUAACUGCCCUGGAUGCCAGAGUCAAUCCCUCACUGCUCCGACCCCUGAUGGGGUGCCGCCUGUGGAGGCAAAUGGGAAUGGGUACACGAAUGGCGGAGUCAUGGCUAUAGACGGAUAG